AUGCAGCUAGUAAAAGAUAAAUAUUACUACAUUGAAGUAUUACAUUCAGAGAAUACUGUUGGUUCAAAUUUUAAAGUUGCAGCCCGCCAUUUAGAUACAAAGUUUGUAAGCUCUAUGACAGGUUUUGCCAAAGAAGAAAUACAGAAAAUUAAAGUUACUUCUACAGUUGAAAGAGAAAUUCAGCAAGUGACAGUGAGCAAUUUAAAUGCUGGUUCAGCCACCAAUGAGGUACAGGAAGUCACCAUUGAAGAGAAUUCUGGAUCUUUAAGUGAUGCCACCUAUCAACUUUGUAUCUAUGGCGUCUGUACAAAAAUGGUACAGACAAUUACAGAUGGUACUGAAAUUGGAAAUGCAUUAAGUGACCUCCCUUGCUUCGAUAGUACUGAGUCUGUAUCUGUGACAUCUAAAACCUUAACAUCAGGUGCCCCAGGAGCAAAGCUGACUGUUACAUUCAAUUCUGAAAGAGGUAAUUAG